GUAUUACGUAGAAAAUUUUGAAACUGGUGCCGGCGGCAACGAGCUUCCAAAAAUAACUCAGUCUCGACAUCAUGGAUUCGUCGACAACAUCGAACGUCGAAAAUACCGAACGAAAUGCAGCAGGCGCUCGACUCGAAAGAAAAAUGCCUAGCAUGGAGCAGCUGGAGUCGAUGGUCACUCCAGAGCAAGUGCACAGUGCGAGUGUGGCGAAGAAGCGAAGGACCAUCACGAGAAAGCGUACGAAUGAAUUGAAUAAAGCGCGUUCGCAGACUCCUAUGCGAGCGCAGCGUCUGGCUGAUGAGACGUCCACCGACGACGAGGAGGUUGAGAGGCACGAAAUCAGACGUAAACCGAAGACGACCGAACGAUCAAACGAAACUGCUACUAAAGAUAAUGUUACUGAUGUUGUUAAAGAGGUACCUAAACAGGAAAAGGAAGGUCUUAUUAAAAGACAACCUCAGAUGUUGGCGGAGGUGCCAGUUGAUGAUACAUCUACACCUGAAGAAGUGAAGAAGGAUCCGGUGACUGGUGAGGUUCUAAAGAAGCGUACACCUCAGAAAUUAGCAGAGGUUCCUCCUGAAGAAGAAGAAUUGAUUGAAAAUGAAAAGGCUUCAAAUGUUGUUGAAUCUGUUAAAAAGGUUGUUGAAAUGGUUAGUGAGGGAACUCAAUUAUCAACAAGUAAAGUUGAAGAUCAAUUACCAACAGAACCAGUUCCGCCACCACCUGAAUCUUCUACCCUAUCUCAACCUGAAGUUACUCUUCGUACAAAACUUAAACCCAAACUAAAACGACCUGAUUCCGGCUCUCCCUCCGCUUCAGCAUCAGAAAGACAAAGUGUCACUUCUGAUUAUGGUCACCAGGACCGAGCUUCUAGCAUCCCUAGACAACUUGAAGAACAAAUACAGAAACUAGACAAUUUUGUGACAACUAACACCCAAGAACUGGUAAAUCUAUUCCAUAAAACUAAAAAUACAAUUGAAGAAAAGGGUAAAGAACUACGUCGCCGUAGAUUUAAGAAAACUGAAGAUCAAAAACGUAGUCAGUCUCAGCCUAAAGAACUUAGUCAAGAAGAAGUAAUGGAGAGUUUUAAAAGAGCUCAGAAAGCUAGUAGGGAACGCCAGGAAGAUAGAAUCCGAUCCCUUUCAGAAAGACGAUAUUCUUCCGGAAGUGACAAGUCCCACAAUUCAGAGAAACCUUUACCAAAACGACCAAUUAGAAAACGCGUCCUAGUACAAGAUAUCAUCAAAGAAAAAGCAGCUGAAAAGAAGAAACAAAUUAAACUAAAAGAUACAGUUAAAUGUAAUAAAAUUGUCGAGUUCCUAGAUCCAAAAACAUCCAAAGUAAUCGAAGUGAAGAAUGUUGGAGAAGUUACCAGGAUGAGAUUCAUUGAUUCCUUCAAAAUAUUUCGAUACUAUUCCCUCAGACAAAUAUUCCGAGAGUAUCGAAAGUAUAAAGUAGACAUGAAUGAAGAAUACAAUAUAAUUCGAAGAUUACGAAGGAAAUGCAUCAAUCACUUGGUGAUUUUGUUCAUUUUCUGUGGUUUGGGAGGAAUGGUUUUCAAAUAUAUUGAAGGAGCUUUCGAGAACUUUUAUAAAUGUGGAGUAAAACGAGUCAAGCGUGAUUUCAUUGAAUUAUUAUGGACGAAGAGUCAUAACAUGCGUGAAGAGGAGUGGAAAUCUUUGGCUAGGAACAGAUUGAGGAUAUUUGAAGAAGAAUUACAUACAGCUCAUGAAGCUGGGAUACAUUCUUAUAGCGGGGAGAGGUCUUGGAGCUUUCUGAAUGGGAUUGUUUAUUGUUUGACUGUUGUAACAACUAUUGGUUAUGGACAUUUAUAUCCAACAACAAAAACUGGUCAAGCUCUUACAAUUGUUUAUUCAUUGAUUGGAAUUCCACUGUUUCUGAUCAUUUUGACUGACUUUGGUAAAAUGUUCACAAGAUGCAUCAAAUUUUUAUGGUCCUUCGUAAGAAGGUUAUAUUAUACAGGGAGUUGCAGAAAGAUGAGAAAAACAGCUCAAGCGCAGGAACUAUUCAAAGGAGCUCAAAUGAUGUACGACCUGGCAACUUUCCGGCGUCCAUCCGCAUAUGAUCCCAACAUGAUGCAACCCCAACCCGGAAGUCCCCAUGAAAGCACCGAGGGUACCACAGCACCUCCCACCCCGGCAAUAUCCAACUUUGAAAUUGAUGAUGAAUUCAAUCUUCCGAUAUCCGUCGCUAUUUUAUUACUAGUGUUGUAUAUCUUCUUGGGAGCUGUACUAUUUGGUAUCUGGGAGGGUUGGGAUUUCUUUGCUUCAUUCUAUUUUGUGUUUAUAUCAAUGUCUACCAUUGGUUUCGGUGAUUACGUCCCACGACAUCCGUUCUUUAUGAUCGUCUCGAUUGUAUAUAUUGUCUUCGGCUUGGCCUUGAUGUCUAUGUGCAUCAAUGUGGUACAAGUGAAAAUCAGCGAUACUUUUAAUCAAGCCUCAGCGAAAAUAGGAGCUACUAUUGGGCUUGGUGUUGCUAAUGAAGAUGGGGCCAUCAAACCGGUACCUCCCAAACAAGUUGAAAUGCCUGCGGUGCAUGGGAGUAUUGUUGAUUUGAGCAAAAUGUCGCCGAAUACGUCUACCAACUCGUAAUGUUUUUCUAAGAUAUAAUAAGGUGUUUAAUUCUUUUUGUUUGUUUAUUAUAUUUAUGCGAAUGUUUAAUUGUUUUUGCAAUUUAUGACCUAAUACAUAUAAAUAUCGAAAGAUGA